AUGGUCCCCCUCACAACCCGCAGACGCGACUGCGCCUACCUCCUUUUCUUCGCCUCGCACAUCCCCAUAAUCUUCCUGAUCGACACGGUCCCCCUCCAACCAUCAUGGAUGCGCACCGAGCUCUCCGCGCAGUUACGGGAGUACUAUGUCGCGACAUACAAGGAUAAAUUCUUCGAGGAUCCGGCGCCGGUGUGGUUUAGCGCAUUCAUUUGGAUGGAGUUGCUUUAUCAUGUGCCGGCGAGUUUGUGGGCGGUUUGGGGGUUGUGGAGAGACCACCCCCUAAUCCCAGUCCACCUCCUCAUCUUCGGAAUCCAAGCCUUCGUCACCUCCCUAACAUGUCUAAUCGACGUCUGGAGCUGGCCCGAUCGCACAACACCCGAAAAACAACAAAUCACAUAUCUCUACGGUCCAUAUGUUGCACUAGGUGCCCUGAUGGCCUUUGACAUGGUGAUUCGAUUGCGUGCUCGGUUGAUGCCGAAAACCACUAAGCGCGAGUGA